AGUCGGUGAGCUUCCGACCCCCUCCUUCCUCCUUUUAUCCAUUCCCGAUCCUAAUUUCUUCACCCAGUAUCCCAAUUUUUCUGAUGAUCAGCUGUUCCACUACCCAAUUAUUGCUGAGUUGCUGCGUUUCGACGUGGAAAUGCUAACGCUUAGGUGCGAUUUGGGAUGGCUUUGUCAUCUUCGAUAUACAAGUUCAGAUGUAACAGUUACAAUUCAGGAACCAAAGAGAAGGUCAGGAGGAGAGGUAGAGGGGGGUUAAAAUUGACAUGAAUAAAGUAGCAAAGUGAUAAUUUUGAGGUCUAUAUGUAGAAGCUCAUCCCAAGAUAUUGCUUAUGGUGCGACACCAUAAGAGGUGUAACUCUGUAAUUUCAUUGUUAGACUUCCCAAACUAGUUUGGCAUAAUAUUCUUGUUGAUGUUAUCUUAGUAAUGCUAGGAGGGUAGUUGUGGAACUAAGGGGUGUAAUAUCGUUGAAUUGAAUAAAUAAUUAAAUCAAAGAAAAACACUUUGAAAAGAUAACUGACAGCAGAAUAAGAUAUCAAAUUGAUACAAAAUAUUGUUAUUAAGAUUUACACAACUUAGGUUGGUAUGUGCCAGUGGGAUGAAAACAGAAUUUUAUCUAGUUUCAUUCAAUGUUAAAAGAAUCAUAGUUACGAAAUCCAAUUACAAUGAUUUACCGAAAGAAGAGAUUUAAAUUUUCCUCUAUUUAUCACAUAUGUAAUAGUAGCACAUAUACGAAACAUGUUUAGCAUGUUGAAGAUUGCUUCCACCUUUUCCUUCUUAGCGUGCACUUUUUUAUUUCGUUUUCAAUCUUAUUAUUUCUCUUUAUAUGAAGAAUGGCCAACCUUCAUGCUUUGUCUGUGCUUUUGUCUGCAUUUUCUUUGUCAAAAUUUUGUUCCUUGACUUCCAAUUCACCCAAUGCACUCCUUUCACCUAGAUGUCCAAGUUAGCAAGUUGGUGUUUUUGUUUAGGCAUAUUUCUAAAAGCCACCGUUAAUGAGUAUCCCUGAAGAAGUUAAAAGGGUGCAUGUACGCUUUAUUUUGCUGUUACUCUUUCUCCAUAAGGUCUAUUGCUGUUUUCAUUUGGAUACCAAGUCCUUGACGUCAUUAUUUAGGCCGUAUGUUUGCAAGGUUCCAUGGCACACAGGUCCAAGAGCGUUCCUUUCUCAGUUGUUUCCACGAUAUGGGCAUUACUGUGGACCAAAUUGGUCAAGUGGGAAAGACGGAGGGUCUCUACUUUGGGAUAAGCGUCCAAUUGAUUGGCUCGAUUAUUGUUGCUAUUGUCAUGAUAUCGGUUAUGAUACUCAUGAUCAAUCGGAGCUUCUCAAGGCGGAUUUGGCAUUCCUCGAGUGCUUGGAGAGGCCUCAUAUGGCUACAAAAGGGGAUAUUCGUGUCGCUCAUCUUUAUAGGACGAUGUGUGUAUCAGGUUUGAGAAAUAUACUGAUACCGUACAGGCAGCAUGUGGUCAAACUAAAGACGGGUCAAUUAUCUCUUGGGUUUGGAUGGCUCGGGAAUAUGAAAUGGAAAGGAUGGAACGCCCAAGAGGAAGCCAGUGCCAGGUAGACUGGUGCAGCGUCGAUCCGGUAUGUAAGAACCGUAUAUAUAUCAUGUGUAUGUAUAGGUAAUACGUAUGUAAAAUGUUGUGAUUAGAUGUCCGAAUGGUACCGCUUAUUUUAAAUCGUCGUUUUUACUAGUCUAAACUUGGCAAAUCCAUCCUCAGGAGAUGCAGCUAAUAAAAACAUGUCUGUUUAUAUC